AUAUCACAUUUCGCAUAUAACAGAGAAAUUAAGAAGCAGAAGGAAAGUUAUCUAUCUCCUCCUUUGAUGAAUCUUUGAUAGUAUCCAUGGUUAACAAAACAACUAGGUCAUCCUCAAAUUAUCAAAAACAACUUCGAGAGAGAACAAAAAAUGGUAGUAGAAGAAUCUUGAAGAGCAGGAUAAAACAAUCAGCAAAUGAAUUCCAUGCAAAGCAAGGGAAAUCAGUCAAAGAAAAAGUUGAAAGACAUUGGAAGAAUCUUGAGCCUUUGUUUUCAGAGGUUAAAUCAGUGAUAUCAGAGAGGGAGUGUUUGGGUAGUGAGAAGAAUAUCAAUAUUCUGUCUUCAAGAAUUCAAAGUCCAUUGUAUAAGCACGUUAGUUCCCCUAAGACUAUUGCAGAUAAGGAUCACAUCAGCAAGAAGGACUUUUCAAUUGAAAAAUGCAUUAAGAUUCCAUACUUGGAAAAACUACCCUCGUAUACAUCUUGGGUAUAUGUGCGUAGAAAUGAGAAAAUGGCAGAAGAUCAAUCAGUUAUUGGCAAACAACAAAUGUAUUGUGAUAUAAACAGAGGUGAAAUGGUUAUAUGCAGUGACAGUGAAGAAGAGACUGUAAAUCUUCAAGAUGUUAAAUAUGACUUCACUGAGGCUCAGGACCAAUUUCUGUGGAAGACACUGAACGAAUAUGGAUCAAAUGAAAACGUAUUGAGUAUCGUUGAAGAGUUUGUCAAGGCUACUGCUUCACAAAUCCAGGAGAGGUUUGAAAAACUUCAAGAAAUCAAAAUGCAGAGUGUAAACAAGGAUUCUAAAGAUUGCCAUUGUAGAGGAUGUGAAUCUGAUGGGAUGUGUUUGGAGAAAGGCUUGGGUGCCAGUUCACAAUCUUUGGAUAAUCUUUUCUGUCGUCAUUGCUUUAUCUUUAAUUGUCCUGUGCAUGGAAAUUUUCAACCUUUAGUAUAUCCUACGGAAAAGCAAAAACCUUGGUCUGGACAUGAAGGUGACAGACAACAACCAUGUAGCGAUCAAUGUGCCCUUCUGUCAAAAGAUGUCAGGCUUUCUUCAGCUGAAGGGUCUUCUAAAGCCAAAAGAGUUAAUCCAUCAGAAGAGAACUCAACAUUGCCUCCAAAAGAGUCUCUGAAUUCUUGUAAUAAGAUGAAAACAAUCUUGGAUGAUAGAGACGAAGUUGGGGAACAGCAUGCUAAGGAGAUAACAAGUAACCUGGAUUGGAAACCUCUAGAGAGAGAUUUAUAUUUGAAGGGGAUAGAAGUGUUUGGAAAAAACAGUUGCCUUAUUGCUCGAAACUUACUUUCUGGCUUGAAGACUUGCUCGGAAGUAGCUAGUUACAUGUUGGCUGAGGAGGAGUCAAUGCUCCAUGGAUCCAUGCCACUUACAAAUGCAAAUAACGAUGAUCAGGCUAAUGCAGAGAGCACGGACGAAGAGACGCCAAGAUCACAGUUGCAGCGGAAAAGGGGGAAAUAUUCUCGAAAAUGUGGUGGACUCUCAGCUAGAUGGAGAAAAAAGGGUGAUGGGCAAAAACGAAGUAAUACACAGUAUACUCCUUGUAGGUGUCAAGGAAUCUGCACAAAGGAAUGCACUUGUCAUCGUCACGGUACUCGUUGUGAAAAAUAUUGUGGGUGUUCAAAGUUUUGCAGAAACCGGUUCCGAGGAUGUUAUUGUGCCAAGAGUCAAUGCAGAAGUAAACUAUGCCCAUGCUUUGCAAUCAACCGUGAAUGUGACCCAGAUAUUUGUCGAAAUUGUUGGGUUGGGUAA